AUGAGUCUCCAGGAGAUACAAGGUGAUUUACUCAACUGUGAGGUAGAAGCUAUUGUUCAUCAAUGUAAUUGUUUAACUGUAAAAGCUCAUGGAUUGAGUCAAAGUAUUGCAGAGAAAUUCCCACAAGCUAAUCUCUAUGCCACUCGCAGACCUCUAGGGACUAGAAAUUUAGCCGUAGAAGAAGAUAGAGGAAUUCCAGGCACUAUUAAGGUGUUUCCCUCACAAACUCCUGUGGUCAUUUGUUUAUUAGCUCAAUGGGAUUAUGGAAAAGCAAGUCACCGACCUAAAAGAAUUUCCACAUAUCAGGAUACCCCACAAAACAGAGAGCAAUGGUUUCAAACUUGUUUACAAGAAAUGGGGGAAAGUUUACCUUACCAGACUUAUGCUUUUCCUUACAAGAUUGGGUGUGGACUAGCCCAAGGAAAUUGGAUUCAUUAUAGACAUUAUAUUGAACAAUUUGAGAUGAAGGUCCACCGCAAUCCCCAUGCACUCAUAAGCAGAUCUCUGGAGGGGGAAGACCAACAGCCAGGCUUCACUUCACUUAGAGAAUGGAUUGGUUAG